GUCCAACUAUGUUUUAACCUAACGUGUCUUGUGUUGUUGUUGUCGCAAUUAUGGCGUCCCGGGAGAAAAGGAGGAAGAGGAAGAGGAAGAGGGAGGCGUCGCCUGAAUCGAACCCGACGGGUCAGUCUUCGUCCCCGAUUCCGUCGCUUCCGUAUGAUUUGGUAUUGCUCUGCGUGGCACGCGUCUCAAGGUUGUACUAUCCGACUCUCUCCCUCGUCUCGAAGAGCUUCCGAUCUCUGGUGUCGUCUCCGGAGCUUUACAAGACGCGGUCACUCUUUGGCUUCACCGAGAGCUGUCUCUAUGUGUGCUUACAAAAUCUUGCUGGUGACGCUGACUGGUACACCCUCUGCAGGAAGCCUGAUAAAACUCUAAAAAGCGGAUCAAGUGGGUACGCUUUGGCUAGAGUCCCUGAUCCCAAUUCUCCUCUUUGGCACGUGGUGGCAGUUGGUUCUGAUAUCUACAACAUUGCCUUUCCCAGAUCCCUUAACGUCUUACCUAGAGUCUCGAUACUGGAUUGCAAGUCUCAUACGUGGAUCGAGGCUCCAAGUUUGCCGGUUGAACUCCAUUCAUUUUCCGCCAGUGUGGUUGAUCACAAGAUAUAUGUAGCAGGUUACGAUCACCGUUUGAUGAAGAACUCUUUCGAGGUGUUCGAUACAGAAACCCGGGUUUGGGAUUCCCUGUCCGCCAGCGACCAGGGAGAAGAGAUGUCUAUUAGUAAAAAAACUGUGUCUAUUGACGGAAAGUUCCAUGUGGUGACUGAUGAAGAGGUCCUUGCUUACGAUCCCAAGCAAGGUAAAUGGGACAUGGUUGGGAGAGGGAUGCGUGGGCUUACGAUUUCAGAUGAUUAUUGCGUGAUAGGGAAUGUUUUGUACUCUGUUUAUGAAGGAGUGUUCAAAUGGUAUGAUACUGAGACAAGAACCUGGAGAGAUUUGCAGGGUUUGGUAGGAUUACCUAAGAUCACUCGUCAUAGAGAGUUUAUUAGAUUGGGUUAUUAUGGUGGAAAAAUGGUGGUUUUUUGGGUUCAUGUUAUCUGGCCUUACUACAAGAAGAUUUGGUGUGCAGAGAUUUCGCUUGAAAGGCGGCCUGACACUAGUGAAAUAUGGGGGAAAGUUGAGUGGUUCGAUGAACUGCAUAAAACCAAGAUAUUUUAUCAUGUUGAGAAGGUUCUCUCUACUACUCUCUGAUGAAUCAAUGGAACGCCUCUUCUUUUAGGUGUUAUUUGUUAUUCGACUGUGAUCAAUGUACUUUGUUAAGCUUAUUUAUUAGAAGGUACUUCUUUCUUAAAGCUUAUUUUGUGACCAAAAAUUAAUUUAAUAAACAGCUUUUUUGAAGAAGCACAGCUUGUUUUGGCUGA